CCGCUGUGUUUUCUCAGAUUUCCCUGCUCGCAAAGCCACGAAGGCAGUUUCAUUUGGUUCAUUAUUGCCUUUUUCACUUGUAAACUUGUAAUUUGUGGCGGUAACGCUGUUGAACGUGGUUCCUGUGACAUCUACUGGUUAGGGUGACAUACAUUGUAAAACUAAAACGCAAUGAGUUCGAGCGUGUGCUACAAAUGCAACCGUACGGGUCACUUCGCCCGGGAGUGCACGACGGGCGGCGGCGGCGGCGGCGGCGCGGGCGCGGGGCGCGACGCCGGCUUCAGCCGCCAGCGCGAGAAGUGCUUCAAGUGCAACCGCACGGGACACUUCGCGCGCGACUGCAAGGAGGAGGCUGACCGUUGCUACAGAUGUAACGGCACGGGGCACAUAGCGCGCGAGUGCGCACAGAGCCCGGACGAGCCGUCGUGCUACAACUGCAACAAGACGGGCCACAUCGCCCGCAACUGCCCCGAGGGCGGGCGCGACUCCGCCGGCCAGACCUGCUACAACUGCAACAAGGCCGGCCACAUCUCGCGCAACUGCCCCGACGGCACCAAGACCUGCUACGUGUGUGGCAAGCCCGGCCACAUCUCACGCGACUGCGACGACGCCGAACGGAACUAACCCGCGCGCCACCCCCCCCGCACCACUACUUACUAUUGUAUAUUAUGGACCUAAAGCCACGCACGGACGAUAAGCAAACGGGACGCGGCGCCUCCUAGAUCGUAAGAUUUCGCAACAACUGUAUCAAAUUUCACCCGAUAUAUAAAAUUUAUAAAUCAAAAUAGGUAUUUUUGUGAUUGACGGAGUAUGAUUUUUAAAUGUUGACUUGUAUAUAGGUCUCCCGCGCGCUGCGCUCUCGCAGGCGACGAUGAUGAUGAUGAUGACGAUGUAAUGAUGAUGGAGAUGAAAUGAAAGUUGUGUUUUUAAAUCGUUUAAGAGUCGUGAUGGGAGACUGUUGAGGAAGUAGCGUUACAGUUUUUAGCAUUACAGAGUAUAUAUUUAAUAUAUUUUGUACAGUUUUUUUGUCAAAAGAUAAAUUGGAUGCUGGCGUAUGAAUGCGUUUUCAAUAUGAUGGAAGGCCCGGGAGGUACCUACCCUUAAGGUUCAUCUUACAGUUAUUAGUUCUUGCGUAUUAUCCUACUAUUGGAGUUAUUAUCAGUUCCUUUGUUUAUAGAGUCCUUGCUUACAACAUUUGUGGAGAACUCAGUGGUUAAUUAGAAUUUCAUAAUCAGAAUCUUUUUUAUUUUGUUACCCCUAUGAAGUUUACCCGUGUACACACAUUCGUGUAACAAAAUAUUAAACAAUAAACACUUAAUAAAUAAAUGAA